CAAGGACGUCCAGGAAUUCACCAAUUAUGGGCGAGAAUGUUUACUCCAUCGAUCUGCGUACGACCAUCGAGGCUCCCCUUAUUUAUGUAUGCUUCUGGUAUUUGCAUAGGUAAUUUCUUAAGGCGGGAGGCCAUAGGCAAUUUCUUAAGGCGGGAGGGAAAAGGGUGGCCGUGAUGGUCUCUCUUCUGGCUAGAUGGAAAAAUAUAGUCGCCGCUCUUUCAUACCAAUGUGAUUCUCCGCAGAGCUCGCCAGGUAUUCCUGCAAUGUCAGCGGCAGCCACGUACAAACACACACUGAGCCCCAUGGGUCGGGUCUCCACGGUCAUUUUGGUCCUUCUUCCGUCGAGGAAGCCCGAGGAAGAAGGCACACCUGCUGCACAGAAAAAAGCUUUUGGGCCGCCGAAGUGUCUAAAUGAUAAAUUUGACACUCCGAUAGCAGGAGACACAAACGAGGACGCGGACGACCAGCUUGCGAGACAACAAUUAAGGCUUCCCUUCGGAAGCAUCCCCAAGGGGCCUCUUUUUGAAAAACCCACUGAAGAGUGUGCUUUUCAAGGGAAAAAGGUGACCUAACACGAGUAUGCUUGUCAAGACGAUGGACUAUGCACUAUCUGUAUCUUGAGAUGGAAGGUGUUUAGGGUGGGCUCUAAAACAAAGACUAGUGGCGCGCACUGUCUGUUUCACAUUCGGAGCUAUUCAACAACGCCACUUUUUCUCCAACCGUGACACAAUGUUAUGGACAAUAACUAGAAACACACUUGCGACAGAAGAACUAGUAAAAGUAGAUCUUGUAGUACUAGUAGUGGAAGAGCAAGAGCCUUUAUUUUGUGAGUGAUCUAAUCCUUUUCAUUUUUGCUCAACUAGGAGUAGCAUGAACAUCAUUACUGUCGUGCUGGCGUAUUACCCUUCUUACUUAUUUUCGCAGCGACUUUAGAAAAGUUUUCACAUCUAUCACACGCACAAUUGUGCCCACCCUCAGAAAGUCAAUAUUUGUUUGGCAGGUGCCCGCAAAUGAGGUAGCCAGGUAGGUAGCUGAGUGGCUAGGUUUCAAGAGACUGGUCCGGACAAGGCUGGCAAUCUUGCUGAACCAUAGCCCGGCUGGCGUGGCAGGUUGAUAGAUGGAAGACAAGAUCGAUGGCGGGACUCGUGUAAAAUCAAAGACGAAGAAGAAAACCACGCCACGGCUGCUCUGUGAGUCCGCGCCGCUCUGCGGCUGACGAAGCCACUCCGAACGGUGUGAGAACUCUCAACACCGAACGAGAGGCAGCCGGAUUGCUCACAACUGCGGAAGGGCGUAGCCAAAGUGCUGCACUCUCUCGGCUGUUUCUAUCUUGAGAGCUGUCGAGAGCUCAUUUUCUUGGGCCGGGUGCUUGUAUCUUGUUCCAAGAUUCUUGCGUCCGAUGUGGUCGCAAAUUCGCGACAUUCAUCGGACGUCGCGAAAAAAUGCCAUGAGGCAACUUUUACACGGAUAAUUAAAGCUUCCGGGAAUACAUCUUCAGAAGCAUCCUGAAAUUUUUUGUUUACGCAUAUCUACCCACUCCCUCUUACAAAUCAUCACUCUGCCCGAGGAUACACACUCGCAGACGGAUUCUAACCACGGGACAGCAGCGUAUGGAAGCAUAUUGGUGGUGGUGCUUAGUAUCUUGACCAAGGACAGGACGAGUACAAGGCCUUGAGACGGUGGCUACCUGUAGCGUCUUACGUGGGCUACAGCCAGCACGACUGCUUACCGGAGAUUGAGUGCUGGAUGAUGGGUCACGCAGUGGGCUUUUUUACUGCAGAAAUUGUGGGUCCGGUCUACUUGCAUGUAUCUGCAGAGGAUCAGCUGUAUAUGGGAGCGCUCUUCAAUGGGAGCUGAUGAGCAGCCGAAGUGCUCUUGCUAAGCGUUUUUGUGGAAAUGAAAGGGACUUACUAUACAGCAUCUUUUGGCUAUGAUCAUUAGGCUUUACGAGUAUUCUGUUGUAGUAUCCUAAAUUGAUUGCCCGCAGAAGUAAAUCACAAGCUGUGCCCUGCGGCGUCGAUGUGUCUGGGCAGGUUUCCGUUGCGUCGCGAUUGCUUGCGAAUGUUCGGCUACGUGGUACUUUCGCAUGCUGGGUUCGGCGUCAGUGCAUUCUCAAUGGAAGCGCCUCAUGUGUUCCUGGUUGUCGUUGGAGAGCUUGGCGUGGUCUCUGUGCAUGCAGCCACUACUGGUAUGGGGUCCGUUUAACCACCAGUCGGGCUGCUGCACGGAAUGCGUGGCUUCAUGCCGACACUCUGACGCACUUCAGUGUGCCACCAAGUAAGCCGGACAUCGUGGGUUGCUCGUGCUCGUGGGUGAUGGGCUCUUCUUGACGGCACAAACUGUGAGGUGCAGUGCUGUGCGCACUUUCGUGUGGAAUCAAGAGCCCGCCACCCCGCUCUGAAAGCAUGUAGCAGGAGAAGUUACAGCUCGUCUGUGCUUCGCUGAGCUACUCCCCUGGGCAGGCUGUUCACUAGAGGGCCUUGUAGCUUUUCGGGGACUCAGGUCCUGUGGUAUCAGGACCAGGCUUGCGUCUUCCUGAUGUGUAUGUAGUAACUGGUAUGUUUUGUCUGGUGCCCGCCUGUCACGUGGGUCUCUAGAGUUGUGUACCGCCGGGCCUGUCGGACCUUCGUAUGGAAUCUGCCGGGCCGAGACCGGGUGACGCUGGUGUCACCGGGGCCGACGUCCUUUUGGGUGCAGAUGUGGUUUCUUGGUGGGGCAGUGUCUGGCGCGUGUUGGGUCCGCUGGUUGGUCUGUGUCCUGGGUGCUCAUUUGCAGUUGAUCACUGUGUGGCACUCCUGGUUCAAGCAGACGCAUUUGGCCUAAGCAUGGUCUCACGUUUGCUUCUGUGCGCUCGGGGUGUGUCUGAACUUAAUCUAAUUGAGCGUGCCGAGGUGUUUCACGCUAUGGAUAAAGUAGCUCUUGAUAUAGUAUCUCUCUGUGUCUCUAGAUAACCAGCUAGCUUCAUUACCUGAAUCUCUAUCAUGUGCCUGAUCGUCAUAGACCUCUUUGCUAUUUCAUUUAGUCGCUCACUUCUCCACCACCAUUGAACUUGUGUUUAACACGACUUCCCAUGUCUAUGCACUAGUAUGCUUAUCUUUAUACUUCCUCCAAGUUCAUCCAUUCUUCCUCUUGUGAUCCAUUCCUCAUAAACUACCUCACAGCUACGACCGGCACUAGCAAAUUCCUGAUGAGGGUACUCAUAGCGGAGCGAGAUUUGGAGUUUGUGACUUUCAGUGGAGGCGUUUAUCUUGAUUUUGCGUUUUGGGGCGGCGUGCUGUUGGGAGAAGCGGCGCUGUUCAGGUUACAGCGGGGAGGACAGAUUGAUGCUGCUCCUCAGAAUGAUCCGAAACAGAGUCAGACUCUGAUAGGAAGUAGCAGCGUCUUCUUGUGAUCUCUUGAAUAUUGCCGGAAUGAGAUGUAGGCUGAAUGUAUGAGUAUCUCAGUAUGCUUUCUUGGCAGGCUCUAGCAGGAUAGAAGAGUCGACGUCGGUAUGUAGGACGGAGCGCGUGCUUUUGUGAUUGUUCUUGAGUGAUCUUUCUGAGUGAUGACGAGAGACAAAAAUGAGAGACCCACCCCGCCCCCUCUCUGAAAAGGUACCCCGAAAACGGCUUACUGCAACAAAAACGAACUCUUCACAAAAAUGGAAUGCACUAUGUUUGAUACUAAAACUGAGUACUUGAAUCUUUAUAGUAGUGCUUCCUUUUGCCUUCGCUUGUCAUGUUGAAUGAUAUUAUUUGUGUGAGCUUAUAGGUGUUCCGUUUUUCAGUCUGCAUUUCCUAUGUGUUUCACUUGUUCCGUUUUUGUAUAGAUGAAAAAUGUGAAUAAUUGAUAUUUAUUUUUAGAAAUUUGGCUUAUUCUCUGGAGCGCAAUGCGCGCUCCUCCUUGUCCAAUCAAAACAUAUUAGAUAAGAGUGAUCGUGAGAGAGGGCUUGAAGCCUAACAAUAUGCGUCUUGACCUUCCUCUCGUUCGCUAUGCUUAACGUCGGAACUGGCAGAACUGCGCGGGGAUGUCGCAUCGAGUUGAGCAGCGUCCCUGCGGGGAAAACCGCUGCCUCGCUCCAAAUGGCCAACAGGCAAGUGGCCAAAUCGAUGAUGCAAACCCCCGAUAGCCUCAUGUUCAAGGCCCUCAAGGUUGCCAUGCAAGUGGUCGGACAGGAGGAAGUAUAAUACUUUUUCGAAUUUGUUGGUGGAACUUGAGAAACCACUCGUGUACAGGUUCUGUCUUGUUCCUUACGUAUUCUUCUUGUGAUCUCGCUCUGGUAGCGGUCUUUGUUGAACUCUUGAAAAAGGAUUGGUUGUGAUUAGAGUAGAAAACAUCUUCAGAUAAUUUAGAUUAUAGAUUUGAUACAGGUUUCUACUGUUUUCCUGAAAAGAGAGAAACACUCAGUUGUAUAGAUAGCUCCGUGCUUCUUCCACAUUCCACAUUCCACACUCCUACGAAUUUCUCACCGACAACCUCCUCGAGCAUCUUUUCCAUCACCACCACAGGAAGGCGAGUUGAUGUCGAUGUGUCCUUCGGUGGCCAGGCAGGCCCUGGCCAUCAAAAUCAGUAGUGAUUAUCCGCGGGCUCUGCACCUUGAUUCUUACCCCCGCUCGGGUAAGGAUCUCUUAAACGCUAUCCACUACCAGACGGGACACCAGAUGACAGACACUUACCCCGAGUCAAAGAGCAAGGUACUGAUAUUUCUCCGCUUUUUUAAGACUGCAAUUCGUUAAGAAGAGUAUAACUGUGAAAAACUUGAGAUCUCUAUUUUUUCAGUGGGGGUGUAUUUUAGGAUCCAUCCGUUUCUGCUGGGGGAAUUACAUCGGGGCCAAACUGGUUCUCAUCAUUCUUUCAUUGAUCUACAUUCUUGCUCCCGACAGGUACUGGAGGAAAUGGAGUUGUUGCAAAUGAGCAGUGAGGAGACUGUUUGGAAGAGGUGGUUUGCUUAUGUCCGGGAUGACCUUGAUGAUCCGCGUGAACUAAGGGAAGCAUGGGAUGCCUAUUUACAACGAUAUCCCAGAGGAGAGCUGAGAGCACAGGCAACCUUCACCGGAGUAUCUCCGGGUCAUGGGCGGGCGGGUGCUGUGGACAGAGCUAAUGAAGAAGGACGAGAGGACGCGAGGGCGGCUGAGAUAGAUGCUGGAGGUAGUUUUCUUCUUUGGAUGCUUUCAAACAAUACGAUGAUGUGCUUGACUUUGAUUCUUUCUGGUGUUGAAACUUUUGAAGUGGAUGAAAGUGUUUCCAUGAGAUAGAAACUUCUUCGCUUCGUUCAUACGAUUGCUUCGCAUAAAUCUUCAGGUUUCGAAUACGUGACGCGCGGCGUUUUCUCAGCGGGGAGACAGGUUCCUAGAUCCGCUUUUCGAGGCACGCCGGCGCCCCCUCGGUCGGGCGGAGGAAUCCGUGAAGACGCAGCGGCUCAACCUGAUGAUAUUCGUCCGCAACGCCUGAACCUCAGCACGCCGAUUUCGGUUUCGUCCGCAUCCCCGUCUCCAUUCCGACAGGCGUCUUCUGGGUGUUCAACAACGAGGACAUCGCUUAGCGCAUCCAGCUCCUCGAGUUCAUCGUCUAGCGAUUCGUUUUUCGGUCCACCACCGCCACCUCCGCCGGCCGCAGCGGCGGGAAAUGGACUUACCCCGGAAGUCAUAUCCAUGUUGUUGCGGACGUUUUCUCCUGAGGAUGUGGCCAAGAUUUUAGCACAGCAACUCCGGCCAGGUGGUAACGCAGCAGCUAGUAGUGGUAUUAAUUUUCCUCAUAUAGAGACCAAGUUCUUUCGUAUGAACUGCUUGUUGAUGUGGAUUUCCGUGUAUCUUUGCAGAUCUGCCUGUUUGUGUGGAGUUAUCGCUCAUCUUCUAGCCAUCGUCUCAUAACAAAUUUUUCCUGUGAUGUAGGACCAACGACAAGGGAUUCUUACUCAAGACAUUACUGGACUAGACUUUAGCACUAGCAUCAGACAUGUACUUUUAACCAAGAUGGAGCUUGAGUAUAAUCCUCAACAAACUGAUCCACACACCAGGGGCGGCUGGCAGCCAGCAGAGCACCAACACUGACAAGGGCGCCUUCCCUGAUCCCGCUCCGGCGGAGCCAUCAGUUUCAGAACCGGCUGGCAGCACAGCAAGACCUGGAGUUUCUGGUGGUGGAGGUGGAAAGCGACAGCGAAACACGGGCACUACACCUUUCAGUCGUUCGUUGUGCUGAUUCAUGACGAGAUAAUCAGAAACAUCUUUGAACUCUGAUCGCUCAGCUCUCGCAUCAGUCUUCCUCCCUCACAUUGACAGGUAACAACGGUAACAGCGAUGGACCGCAAUCCAGCAGCGCAAGACCUUCCCCUACGGAGAAAAAGGAGAAGAAGGCCAGGAAGAACAAGUCCUCCAAGGAGAAGAAGGACGUGCCGGCUGCUGACCGACGACCAACGUUCGUGAAGCAGGAGAAUCUAGGCCCUAGUGUCCCUCCUGCUGCGGCACCGCCACCAGCAGCAGCCGGUCCACCUAUUCUUGCGACGCCGAGGCAACCUCCACCAACCACUACGCCAGCUAAGUCCUCCGCCCCAGCACCGUCAGCUUCUUCAAGAGCUGCUCCAGCGCUUGAUCCGGAUUUCUGUAUGCCUCGCCGUACCAGGAUCAACGACAAAGGUGAGGUUCCUCCCGCUGACGGGUCUGCGAUGAGUACGCAGAUGCACGAACAGCUCCUGCUUGCGCAGCAACUCACCAUGCAGACUACGAAGUCCACAUCUUCCGCUGGUGGUGCAUCAACGACAGCUGCGAGUACUGGUGGAACUACUCGCUGGACAGCGGACACUGUGCAGAACUUCACUGCCCAACAGCCGGCUGAUGCGAUUGCUCGCAUUAUAGCCCGCGGCUCACCUCCGGUUACAGCCGCUGUUCCCAAGGCGCCGGCGCAUCCAUCGUCCUCUUCGUCCUCAUCUUCGAGUGCUGUUCCGCCGUUGUUGAUGCCCGGUCCAGGAGUCCAGGCUCCACCGGCCAGCUUCAUGCAGAGCAUUGACGCUGCAGUGCCUUCCCUCCCCGAGGAGGCCGUGAACAACGACCUGGAUGAGGAGGAGCAGCAUGAAGAGCUCAAUGGAGAAGAGUGUGAUCAGGAAGAUGAUCUUCUCGCAAGUGAGCACGGUUACGACAUGGAGGAUAGUUUUGUCGUGCCGGAUGAAGAGGACGACGACAACCCGUCGCCCGAGGAGGUGCAGGAGGCUUUGAACUGCUUCACAUGAGGAGACUGAGCAGUUCUGCUCAGCUUCCGGCGUGGGUGCUGGGAUGCGACUUAGCAUUCCGGCACAGGUGUUUUGGGUGCCGCUGGGGAGAAGCGGGUGAAGCGCAUGGUGUGAUGAAGAAGAGGGCCACUCACCAAGUGAUGUGUACAGAGGAUUCUUUUUAUCAUGCCGUGGCGCUUCCAUUAUCCCUCAAAGGGCAUACGUUUUUGCAGUUGUAGCAUCAGGCAUAGUAUUUUUUGCGUGCUCUAAUAGUUUUUGUUACCACGCACAAGUUUUUUUGGAAUUCUCCUGAUGUUGGCAACACACAUGCAUGAACAUGAUAUGUACAUGAUGAUUGGUUUUGCAAAAGUCCUCCAGAUGUACACAGAGGCAUCAUGAGCAUAAAAUGUAACAUGUGGGGCGGGGAGAGGAGUGGACGCGGGCGACCUUCUGUUCUACCUUGUUGUAGUAGAAAUUGCUAGCCGACGAAAAUUGCCAAACAAGUUGUACGCUUCGUUGUAACCCAAACACAGUCCAAGCCGCGCGCUCUCUUGUGCAUUCUCUUUUUGCAUCCUGAGCAAGGUCUUCUUCAAGAUUUUCUUCUACAAGUGCAGACCUCCUUCAACAGCUUCUGUUUCUAGUGCCGUCCUUGCUGAAGUUGACGCCAUGAGCAUCCCAACUGGAAAAUGACCAGAAUCAUCUUCAAGUCGCAAUGCAAAACGUCUCUCGUUGUGGAGUAUGUUGAUCCUCCAAUUGCUGGACACCAGACUCUACUCCAGGCGCCGUUCUUUCUCCUCGGCAUUCCUUUCGACAAGAUCUUAGAUUGUCGCCGCGAGUCACAGGACCACUUGUUGACCUUCGACCCUGAUAGUGGUGCCGAUGCUACAUUCAAGAGCAAGAACUACAAACGCCGUGGUGAGACGGCCUCUUUUCUGCAGGAGAAGUUUGAUGGCCACCAAGGUCCACCGAGGGUCAUGCUUCGUUCUAUGCACCAGUCUAAGAAGUUCAGAGACGGAAAUGACGCCAUCAAGCCAUGGGCGCAUCUGUGUUGUACAGCUCUUGACCAAGUAGAUCUCAUGUCAGUAGAAGGAGUUCUGGAGAUAUUUCGAGCGAAGAUCCAGCACAAGAAACGUCUGUCCCACGCGAACCCGGCGAAACCAUGGGAGAAGAUUGCGUGUGCUUUUUCCGGAUGGUUGCUUGAGCCAUUUCUUGAGGCUUCCAUCGAGAUACCGCUUUUACCCGGAAUAUUCUCAGAGCAUGGUUGUCAUCGAACGCUCAUGGCAGCUCUCGAGAAUGCAGGAAGUCUGGAACCUGGCGCAAGUGCAGUCUCUCUUUGUGCUUUUGAAAGGAAAAACUUUUGAAUCUAUGACUCUCAUGAAAUAUUAGAGAAAUAUCAGUGAAAUACUUCUUCUUCUAAUUCUGGCGGAGCAGAUGUGGAUACUUGGGAGCCCUAUUGCUUGUUCCGGUGGGCACAUGGGCACGUCUAUGUACUUCAUGGUGAGUACUCAUCUGCGUGUCGGUUGGCUUUGCGCAGUAUCCGAUGCCAGCAUCCGGGACCUUGGAUUUGAUUCUACACAGGUGGAACCGAGACGCGAUCUUUUCACUUCGCAUGGCCGUUCGAGCAUGUGCAUGUCGUGUCUUCAAAGCAGUAGAAUCCGGCGUAGCGUUGGUUGCUCAGAGUCGUUUUAUCGGGUUGUUAACGUUGGUACGCAUGACCCCGAUCUCCUCGCAGAGAUGACAACGCGGCGUGAGCGUUGCGAAACGCUUCUGAUCGAGUCCACGGACUGUUCUUGCAGACGAACAGGCGACGAGGGGGCGCUUGAAAGUUAUGGACGAAAUAGAUAAACUUAUUAGUGUGUCGUCAUGAGUAUUUCACUGAUAUUUCGCUGACUGAUAUUUCACUGAUAUUCAAGGUAUUUCACUUGUAUUUCACUUGUAUUCUCGGUUGUUGUGUCCAUGAAUAUUUCACUGAUAUUUGAUGAAAGUCAGGUGGGUGCCUCUGAUUCAACGCCUGCUCCCCGCAGAGAGUUGCCUACACGUUAUGGACACAUGUUGGGUAGAGAAGUUGGGGACUUUUCUGCAUUAGAGCACUUCGCACGAAAUCUUGAAUCUUUAUAAAAAAUGAAAAAUUUUGAUUUUAUCUGUUAACUUUACUUUUUAAAAUCAAUCACUCUAUGAACCCACACAUCACAAGCAGCUCCGCCGGCCCACGUGUAUCCUUGCAAUAUCCCUGGGCCGAAGUUUUUAGCUUUGCUGCUGGAGAAUUGGGUCGGACCUUUCACGGCUCUAGCUCAGAAUCUCACGAUGUGUUACCAGCGGAUCGCCUUGGAUGAUGCUGUGGAUGUCCAUGGUAGUUUCUACUUUGUUAUAUCUAUGGACAGUUUUUUUUCACUAAAGACCCUUCUAUCUCAUCAGACUUGGCCACGCCUCCUCUAGCAUGCACUCAUCUCGAGCUUGAUUAUCUUGAAAAUUUUCUGAAUUUCUCUCAAUCGAAUACUUUGAUCUUCCCAAUUACAAACCCGGCAUUUGGUCUUAUUUUGUAUCUUUAUCUCAUCUCAUCUUCAUAGGUUGGAAUCGUGUGGGAUCCGCCGACGCAGCGAAUGGUGAGGCACUUGAAGAGCCAGCUACUCGAGAGUGUGGCGCGCAUCGUUUGCCCUACAAACAGAGAAUAGAGCCACUUGCGAGUCUGGAUUCUGAAGAUUCGGCUAUGAAUCGGGCGCGUACCGUAGCAACUUGGGGUCAUAUUUGCCUGUGGAUGCGCAUCAAGUUGAUGCAGUCGCGUGAGGAAGAUAAGGAGACGCCGCUGGGCUUCAGUACAGACGGCGUUCCAGUGGGUGGCAUGGAGAUAGAACAGUCCCAGCUUCGAGGCGCUUUCUUUGCCAAUGACGUGAUAACAACUGUUACGCUGCCGGGCAUGAUCAUGCGGAAGCUGUCCUAUGCUGAUGUCGAGUACGUCAUCCACUGUCUUGCGGGUGUAUGUGUCGAGGAGGAGCAGAAAAACAUGGUUAGGAAAUCAGUGGCCCAGGCAGCGCUGCUGCAGCGUGUGAACUACUUCGCUAGUGCGUACGAGCUGACCACCGAGAAGCCCCUAUUCAUCGUCAUAGAUAAGGGGUCGACGCAAAGGCUUCUUUGGCUGUGCCUCCUAGUUCUGGGCCGUAAGGUCCAUAUCCGAUUCGAUCCCCCUCACGGGGAAUCGAGGGAUGCCAUCCGAGUAGCAAUAGGCUUCCUGCCGAAAGAUUUCCGCCGGAUAUUGCGUCUUAGAGGAACUGCAGGCGGAACGCAUAGCUGUAGGCUUGGGACUCUCCUCAGCAUCUUCGUGAAAGAACUAGACGACCAGCAGGUUAUCGACUUCUUAGGAACAGACGCUCCUGCAAUUGCCAGUGAGAUAGGCACACCUCUGGACUCUAGUAGUUUUGUGCCAGAUGUGCGGGCACGUGCCAAGAAGAUGCAGUCGACGAUCUGCUCGUUUAGCUCGACGAAGCAGUUUCUGAAGGACUUGUAUGCGGCAAAGUGGUUGCGACAGCACUGCAGCUUGUUGAAAUCUGCAGUAAACUUCUUAGUAGUCAAAACAAAACCGGAACUACUCCAGCCAAGCGGAGCGCGAGUUGAGGUGGUAAAUGGAGAUGAUGGCAUCAAGCGAGUGCAGUACAACCAAAAGGAUCUACAGGUUAUGCGGAACAUGCUGAACGAGGAAAGGCUGGCUGACAAAGAAGAGGAAGGUACUACUCGUCGUGGCAAAUGAGUCGUAUUGUGAUGGUGCCACCACUUGUUUCCUUUAGGGUGAUUGAAAAGGAAGUUGAGGAGUGUUGUUUUGAAUGUGGUUUCUAGUAUUUGUUUAAGUUUGUGGGAACGUCUCAGCAAGUAGUCCCAUCAAGUUCUGUCGAUAGUUUUCCAAGACUCCUCGGUAUACUCAGUGUUGCCAUGUAUUGGCACCGAUUACUCAUCUAGACCUCCGCUACAGGUAUGAAAGACACGAACUUGUUUGAUGAGUCGGAUAGCGAUGUUGAUGAGGGGAGAGCCGCGGCUGCACAGCGAGCUGCCGCUCCACCAGCUGGCGACCCUGCCAGUAAUGCCGAAGUUCUAGGUGGGCAUGGCGCGGGGAAAAAGAAGAAGGCAGCAGCAAAGGCUAUAGCUGAUAAGAAGCAGGAGACGAAGAUCCGAGCAAAGGCGUCAGCCGUGGACACGUCUCUGCUGUCGGUACUGCGUGCUAUCUUGUCCAGUGCUGAUAGCAAAGCACGGAUUUUCAUAUUCGAAAAGUACUGCCGUCCACUACUAUUCUUCCACUGCAUCGGCAUCGCAGUAACAUGGAGUCAGUUCUGUUCGCAGAAAGUCUACCACAUGGAACACGGAGCGUUGCUCAGCGAGUUGGCUAUUGGUUUCAACGGAGUUCUCGAGGAUCAUAUCGCGGAUAUGCAUGGCGAGAUCGCUUACGAUACGAUCGCAGAGUUGAUCGGCCAUCUGACCACCGAGGUACUAACUUAGAAACGUUGCUUUCAAGAUGCAUCACUGUGAUGGCGCUUUACAAUCUUUGCUGAUGUCGCUCGUAACUAGAGGAGGAGAUCUUCUGAUAUGAGGGUAGCACUUCGAAGGUCGCAGGAAAGUAGAACUAACCUCUUCAUUCUUUCAAGCUACAAGCGGAACGAAAAAAUUCCUAACGGGAGUGGCCUUCUCGUCUUCGAGGAGAACAAAUCGGAAGAGUAGAUGAUAACAAUCCUCUCACCUAUAUUGUCACAGGCGAUGCUGGGGGCGUAUCGCUCGGCAUUGGGCCGCAUGGCGAUGCAUUCGCGAAUAUUAAUGUACGCACGGACAUGGGAGUCUGAUCUCAACGAGCAGACUAUUCGCGACACCGUGCGAGGCAGUACACUUUCUUCCAGCAUAGAAGACAUUCUAGAGGAGCCAGACCGCUUCUUGAGCGGCGAAGAAGAUAAGCCUGGUUUUUUUGGAUUGCUCGAGCCGAUUUAUGAAACCAGUCUUACGAGUCCGCGUGUGGUGCCCCCGCAAGAUGACCCAUUUGACCAGAGUGAGCGAUCCAGGGUAAGAUGCUUCACCACCAUGGGGGAGUCCGAACUUGUCUCACCUGCUGAAUUCGAGAAGACGGCUUUUGUGUCCGUUGCAAGCGCGCGAAGGGAGGCUGCUCUGCAGUGCCGAGCUCUUGUUCCUCUCUUAGUAGAAGAAUGGAACUACUAUCUCAUCACGAAGUUCAUCGAGCAUUUGAUUGCGAACGACGUGAGGGGCGCGGAGGACUUGGUUACAACCUGGAUGAGGAUCUGUCCUAUGAACACGCGGGAUAUUGAAGCGAGGGGAGGCCGCGUGAGUCGCGCCGCCAAGUUGGCGAGAAACUCGGGCGCAGUAGUGGAGGUACUAGUUGAUGGGGCUUUCUAUGUGAGUUGGAGACUAACCUAGUGAAGAAAGAACCUAGUCUCUGGCUUAGAUGUUUGUGCAAGAUAGCAAAUCUUAUUUGAUAUUUGUAAACUUCUUGAAUUUGAUAUCAGAGCCGACCUCUCUCUUCAGAAUCUGCCGCUGUAUAUCCACGAAACGCAGUACCCGCUAUGGGUUCCGGGUUUCCUACCUGAGAAGCAAGUUCCAAAGCAGAGGAGAAUAGGCGUGAAGGAAUCUUUCAGCGUCUUAGACGGUCGAGAUUCUUUGCGAAAUUACCCGGAGCAGAACCUGGAGCAACUGAAGAAGAGGGUAUUCGGGGGUGAAACAAUGGAGGAGCUUACAACAGGUUUGUGCGAUUUGAAGACACUGCAGGACCUCGCGAGUGAUGUGUUCGCCACUGGGAAAAGAGGCACAGAGGCUUUCGAGACGGUGAAGGAGCAGGCGAAAGGAUAUACAAUUCCAGAGCUUGACGAGAUUGCAAGACAAAUCAAGAGUCUGACCUUCCUCGAGAAUCAACAUCAUGGCUUGUCGAGCGAGGAUAUGACAGCAAUGUCGAAGUUCAAAUGUGAUGUCUCUCUGCUUUACACUAUGUCGGUCGUGGAGAUGGCUUUGUACGAGCAGGAGGAGUUCUUUACGACAACUAGCAUCGCGAACGCGUUAUGUUGGGACCGGUCGAGGCUUCUCGCAAUAGCUCUCGCUGGGCUACUACAAUCCAACAAAGCGAAGAACCGCCCUACCUUGCUAGAAAUUUGGCAGGACAACGAUGUGGUCGAUCUGUUCUUAGUCCUGGACGUCAUAGUCGCAGUUCGGGCUGUCAUGGGUGUUUUUCUCAUUCAUAGACCUUUCUUCACCGAGUCGGAUGAUCCUGAAUUGGGCGGACAUGUGGAGGCCGAUUCUGAUGGAUUAGACGAUAUCCAGUUCUCGCCAACGCUUGGAGUGCCCAGCAACGCUAAUGGCCCGACAGCAACGACUAGCUCAUCGACUCGGCUUUCACUGGGUGGGCGCGCAGGCAACCGCACUGAGAAGCCAAGAUGUCUCCGCUUCGGUACUACGGUUGUUGUAAUGAUUCAGUUUAUAUACUUUCGCGGAAAGAAAUUGUUGAGCUUUUCUGUUUGUUGCCGUUAUUUUCUUAUCUCUCCAUCCUCUCACAUCUGACCCCAGGUAAGUACACGACACCGAAAGGCGGCAUCCGCAUCGAUGAGGAAUCGGAGGGGAUGAUCAGUCUUCAGUUCCCCACAGGCCGGGCGGCGUGGUCAAUUCCAUAUCCAACCAGCGAGGGAGCAGGCGAGUCCAUGAUCAAGUGCCUCUCAUUGAGAUCAAAAUACAUCCAAGACCAUUGUGACAUCGUAGACAGGACCCGUUUUGGGUAUUUGGGUACUGCUCGCUAUACGUUUACGAUUUCUGGGAAGCCGUGUGUUACUUUCGAUCGAUCAGAAACUGCAGCAUCCAUUUUCGAGGCCGCUGCGAGUGCAGGUUUUCUAGUCAACAGCCACUUCGUGAAGAACUUCGUCACAGGAUUUGCGAACAACAUGAGAUCAAUCACGCUUUACCUACUCCAAGAAGAACCAAACCUCAUCAACAACUUGCGUGGGCGUGGAUUCAAGCCGGCAACAGAGCGCCCAAUUACAAUGGCGAAAGUGCUCCCACCUGAGUAUGAUAAUCCUCUGGAUCCAUUUGCAGCUUCAUCAUCUUCUUCGUCGACGAGCAGGCCUGUCAGCGAGAUAGUGUAUAGCCCGGGAUGGCGUUGGAGACCUGAUGAGCAACCAGCAGCCAACACAACAGCAGCGAAUACUACUUCAUCUACGUCAUCUUCUGCUGUGAAUGCUUCAGCCUCUUCAUCUGCUGGUGUCGACGCGGCAGGCGAGUCUGCACCCUCUGGGACUUCAGAUCAGCAGAAGGAUCAAUCCGUCCUCCCAGGUGGUACCGUUAGCACGGCGCAAUUGUUGCAGGCAGCCGGAACUCGUGCUGGAGCCGCUGUUGAUGAGGGAAACGGGUCUAGCAAUAUCUUCAACAGAGCUAUGGCGCGUUCCGAAGGAACAGAAGACUAUGCCGAUCUAGCACAUCUUGCGCCGUUCAUAUCAGAGGUCCACUUUACGCGGGCAUUCCAGUGGACUGAGUUGCUUCACAGCUUGCUGUACGGGCAGACCGUUGCUGAGAGGCGCCUGAUUGAUGCAGGCUGCUACGAUGUUACGGAUAAAAAAGGCGAAAAGCAGACUGUGUCGACCAUGAGUAUGACAGUCCAGAGGGCGGCUCAGGAUCUAGAGAAGGCCCACAGCAAGGCUACUCAACCGAAGAAGGACGACAAGAUCAGGCAGGGAGUCAUGCAGGCGAAAGGUAAGGCGAAAGCGAGAGCGCCCACUCGGGCAGCGCAGAAGAAGGCGGCGUCGAAUGUUGCCGCGAACAUACCUGGUUUAGCGGGGGUUGUUGGCGUUGCAACUGAGACAGACUUAUUCGGACAACAGCCGAAGGAGAUAGAAGUAUUUACUUGUUAGGACUACAAAUAUGUAAUUGGUGAUGGAAUUCUACUGAGUAGAUCUGUGUGCUGGAUUCUGAUAAUUCAAAUACCCUUAUCAAUAUUGCAGGAGGACGACCUGAUGAGCGGCGCCGAAUCUGACCAGGAGGUGAAGGAGACUCUCAACAAAGACGGACCGGCCAAGACCUACGUUAGGCCAGCACUCAACAACCCACCGCCACCGACUGAGAUGGCUCAGGAGCUCAUCAAGAAGCAAUUUGAGACGGAGCAGGGAAAACAAGAGGUGGCGCGUGCGAAGGCCAACUGGCAUCGCGACUUCGAUGACCUGGAGCACCUUCAUACGAUGGAGCAUGAGCAGCGCGCCAACAUCAUGUGCCCUGGCUGCAAACAGAUCCUAGGCUCGACGCGACGCGCGUGGCUCGCCGGUGGAAAUGGGCCAACGCUCUACUACAGACGUUUUAUGGAUGGAUUCUAAUUAUCUUGCUCAAUAGUGGCUUUUGCUCGUGUGUAGGGUUGAUGUGCAUCUUACAGGAGUUCGGGAGGGUGUGGGGAGACUCAUAAAGAUAGAGGCUAUAUCUGUUGCCGCAAGAGCCACAGAGAUAUCAUCAUUUACAGCAUGCUAGUGCUGCACUCUCAUACAUCUUACGGACAAGAAGGAGCACACCAGGCAAUUGGGACCGAGGUGCCACAUAAGAAGGUCGCACAUUGCAUCGAACAGGCCGAAGUGCCUUUGUGGUUUUUGGCGAAGAGGAACGCUGCACUGUACAGACGUUGGGGAGGAGAAGUUCGUACCAUUGAGGCGACUAUGGUUAUGCGCUGAGGCGUAUGUACUAGCAAAGCUGAGGGAGAUGCCGAACAGCUACUGCCGAUGUCCACCCGGCAAGUGGGCAAAGAGCAGUAGCUUCAAGUUUCUGAGGCCAAGUGAGACCUACACCGCCACUGGCGCGAAGGCGGUGAAGAAAUCUAACGACAAGCAUUAGUGAGCUAGUUUCUUCAUACUCGUUUCUCAUGUACAGUCUUUUUUGAACAGUUCAAGUGUUUUUAUUUUGCAUAGGUUACAGCGAGUUUCUCUAUCCCAGAUAUAAAGAUGGCCUCUUGAUUAGUAACUCAGUAUUUUUGCUAAGUAUUUUCACUCUUUUUGCUUUCUAUAUAAACGAAGCAUUGAGUAAUUUCUUACGAUAUAGUGUUUCCCUCAUUUCGCACUGAUCUUGAUUCUGAUGGACAUAUCUUCACGCGCUUGGCUUUACAGUAUUGAAAUGUUUCGCACUUAUUUGGGUGCCUGGAUGUGUAGCACCAUUGGACAUGACCCACACCGACUUCUUGCGAUUUCCUAGAAAGGACCGAACUUGCCCCUCGUACUCAUAUGGGAGACAGCACGCCACAUACUAUGACACGCAAUGUUGCAGCCACGAACGACACCCGCUGUGGGCGCAAACGCCUCGCUUGUAGUCGGUGCUGUUCGCUCCUGCUCUUGAUUGAUUGCUCAGAAUGUCUUAAAAGAAAAGAGCUCAAAGCAAUGAAAGAAGAUAGUCCAUCAGGGUUCCUUGUGAGUGGCGGUGAGAUCAGUGUUUCUAGAAAGGUGCGCAAGGCAUACUGAGUUCUGUUUCAUUCUGAUUUUCAAGUUCAUAAAAUACUCGUCAGCAAAAAAUUUCAGGAUGGGGUUCAGGAUGUAAUACCUCAAGCUUUAAGAUAAGGAUGCGGGCGAUGGAUCCACCCGCAUCUUGCCCCCAAUGACUACAUUUCGGACGCAUUUUGCCUGAAGGUUUUUUCAUCGCUUUGGCUCUUCUUAAUGUGGCCAGAAGGUCUAAGCCCUCGACUUUGAUGCCAAUCAAAGCUGUGCGCACAACUGUGCACACUUUUGACCGACCCCCUUCGUGAUGGCUCGUUCCGACCUCUCGGGGGGUCUGCUCUGUUCGAUUGUCUGAGUGGGGUGGUUGGGUGAUACGCUGAAACGUGGCAGCGCAAGUGCAGGCGAAAGACUAGGCAUGUGCUGAGCAAAGUGCUGGAGUCUGGUGGAGCUCCAUUGCGGCACAUAGCCGGCUCGUCGAUCCACGAAGUCUGACAUCAGCAGACUUCCACUAGGUCGUUGGGCUCGCGCGUUUUCUCUCCUGGAUUCUUCUGCCUCUAUUUCUGUGCACCGUGCCCAAUGAAGGACCGUGUAGCGGCAGGGCCGCGAGCCCUGUCCGGGCCAGUCUCUUUUUCACUAGCUAGCUAACUGCUUCCUUUAGCCGUUACUUGGGUGACUUUAGCCUUUGUUUAGCGUUUUGAUUUUCUGAGGAUGAGUACACUUCUACAUGUGCCAACGUCACGCUUCAACAAGUGUGCUUAUAAGUAAUUGAUACUACAGCUGUGUACUGUCCUCCAGUUCCUGAUGUGACUGUGACAAUUAAACUACUGCAGUACUUCUAGUAACGGGGUUUGUUGUUCUUGUUGUUCUACAAAGUUAUAAUUUGGCUCUACAAAAAAUGCCGACCGUUCUACUUCUAACUCUGGAGCUGGACGUUAGAAACAACUAUACUAGUUGAUGUAUGAGUAUGAGUGUGUAUCUACUUCAAUAAAAAAUAUAUCACCAUCAUGUAUUCUACUUCUAAUUCUGGACAUUAUUUUUGUUUUUGUAUGUGAUUGACAUUUUGUCGCCUGGUUUUGAUCACAAGGGAAAACAAGGUGGAGAUCAAAAUCAGGCUCCCGAACACCAGAGCCAUUUAACAUUUCUACAGAAAAGUCAUCUAAUCGAAAACAGGAAAUAACCGAGUUACUGACUGAAAUACGGCAGGAAGCAGCUUUGAGAGGCUACUGUUGCUUCUUUCAGUAUCUCGGUUAUUCAAAGUAGUAAGUCUAACUUGCUUACUUAAGUUUAUCGAAUACAAGAAAAAUGUCAUCUAUUCUACUUCUAAUUUUGGACAUCACUCGGCUGGAUCCAGUUGCGCCUCGCACGACCUUCGUCUUUUACGAUCCCAAUACGAUCUUCCCGGACCUAGACGUGGACACGUCAGGAAUGUCGUCUCAAGAAUUAGCAAAACUUGAAGCAGCGCGCGUUUAUCCGGAGGACCACAAUGCUAAGAAGACGAGAAGACAUCUUUUAUUCUUGUAUUAUGUAUUCGCAGUCUUAAAGUAACAGAGUUUUUAGCGACUGAAGUUAGUAAAUUGAAGGGCGACGACGUCGUUGCUUUUCUUUCGGUGUCUAUAUUCUAACUCUAAGGAGUUACUUGGUUAUUUCAGUUUUUUUAAAAAUACUCGCGUAGACCUAGCAACGGCGCCCUAUUCCAUCCUAUCCUAUCCUAUCAAAAGCCUUGAUGUUGAUUUUCUCCACCAAUAAUCAAAGGUAUAUUUCUUAAAAACUUGAUGUUGAUUUUGAUUUUCUCCACCGACAAUUCAAGUUGUAUCUUCCUACUGUGUUAGUAGUUUCUUGGUUAAUUGAUAUCUUGUAAGUAGGGACUAGAGGUGAGUGGCUGAGCGAAUGAGUCACAUUUUACUACGAGAUCCUACGUUUUAUUCUAGUGAUGUAUCCACAGGGAAGACUGACACUGAGGAGCAUCACGUUAAGACCACAUAUAUAAAGAUGUUUUUUAUAUCCUAUCGUGGUCACUAGAAGAUCUAGAGUGAGUCAUGCUUUAUCCUGUCGUCACAGGAUCUAGAGUGGGGCUUAGGAGGGCUACUUGAGACGCCAUGAUGAUGACUUACUUUUCGACAUUAAUUAUAUAUGAAUUUAGGAGUAUGAAUUAUAUAUGCUAGAAUAUGAAUUAUAGAAGAAGAGGAAUUAAGUUGAUCCGUCUAUUCUAGGAUACAGCAGCUCGUCCUUUUCUAAUCUUAAUUUCUUUGCGUGUCUGCGUUUAUUUUGUGAUGCCACGAUCAGCCAGCUCGCGCAGAGUAUGUUGGAUGAACAAAACUUAAGGCUCAAGAAAAAUGUAGGAUUGUCUUGGCUUCCCCUGAUCUUCCGUCUCUUCUGUGUAAAGGAUACCUCAUGUUGUGCCUCCGCGUUCUAUAGUAGUGAACUUGGUGGUAGACCCACGCCUAACCUGACCUAAAAUAGUAGGGGAUAGCGAUAGUCAUAGUCUUGACAAAGAGUCCCCUGCUCGCGUAAUAUAUGUCAGCGGACAUUACACAUGAUGGAGUUGAAGCACGUUUAUUCAAUUCUAUAGCAGUAGCGCAUAAGAAUACUUACAACUCCUCUAAAAGACGUGAAGAAGGAAGCUGACGAUGGUAAAAAAUACAAACUCAAUCAGCAGCGAGAGCAGUCAUGGAGCCUAAAGAAGCGAUUGUGGACUGGAAAGAAGAAGGGGCAAGCAAUCUGUUAUGGAUAAUCAGUGUAGGAGCCUUCUGUACCUAUAUACUUUUUACCUAUCCUUACUUUUUCUUCCUAGUUAGCUUGGCUCCACCCGUAGUAUUGUUCCUUGACCAUCAGUGUAGGAGUCUUGUAGAAUCAGUAUUGUUCCUGCUUGACCUGUUGGAGGCUGUUGCAAGAAACAUCCUACGAGUUAAUGAGGGUCGCAAUUGAAGGCCUUCAGCUGAUGUCUUUUUAAGAGGAUCGAGGACAAGGCGAGUAGAGGAAGAGGCAAAGGUGCUGGCAUUAGAAGUACGAGAGUCUUGACUAAAUUCCUCUCCUUUCAGUAUCUCCCAUUAUAUUUUCAGUAGUUAUCAUUCGCUUACCCCACAAGUUUAUCGAUUUUUAACUUCGACCACGAUUCAUCUUUCUCAUUCUUGACUCCAUCUUAUCUAUACCUCAAGAUUAGGUAAAUCAAUCAAUCAAUCUCCUUGACCAUCUUCUCUAAGAGUGGGACUGGCGAUUGAACCAAGAAGCUUUCUACUAUAAGCCAGAAAAUGGCGCGCUUCAGGGGCAAGAAAGGGACGACCUGUUGAAGAUGUCCACGUACGCUCGUAAGUUAUGCUGCAGACGAGCAUGAGCAGUACAACUACAACACCAUGCUAAAAAAACGUGCUGGCACUAAGUGCUGGUACCACAACGUGGUCAUGUAUAAUUUGUAUAUCCUUAUCCAGAAGAAGGAGCGCAGGGUGCUAAAAAACCUCACUACCACUGCAAAAACAGCCUUGCAGCUGCAACUUUAACAGACAAACUCCUCUCCUUCCUCUUUUGAGUUGUCGCGAAGUCGGAAUUUUCAACAUGAUGCUCCACCUGAUCAAACAAGAUGUUCCACCUGGAAGAUUUAUACAUCGUGGCUCAAGGUGAGAGAUAUGAAAGGAAGUCGUGAGACUUCUACUCAAGAAAAGAACUAAUUACUAUCUAAUGAAAGCCGCUUCAAUCUAGACAAUUCCAUCUUCAUCCUUCUCACAUUGUGUUUAAAACGUCAAUAACGCAAGAUUAUUUGAACUCCACCUAGAAGAAGUGCAGAGCGUUUUAUUUCUCAUCUAAUCAAAAGCGGAAAAAGUUCGCGACAAGAUCAAUGGUCGGCAAUGACGGGAAUGGACCCACCGAACAGAGGGUGGUGGCGCCGGAUGUGGCUAGGCAGAAAGGCCCUUAAAGAGGAUGCAAGAGCAGUUGCUACGGCUUGAUGCGGAUUGAUGCUUCUAUCAGAUAAUAUCUUGUACUAGUGUACUACUAGAAGUAGAAGUAUGAGAUAAUUUUCAGAAAUAUAUUACCGUGCUCGUCUCAAGCUCAACCUAAUUCUAUUAUAGAAAUACUAGUUAUUAGGAAUAAUUCUAGAACACCAUGCUCAUGUAGCAGUUAGUAGUUUGUCAGUAGUUAAGUCUACGAACAGCACAUAGAAGAAGAGACUAUUCUAGUAGGCUAAGUGAAUACAUAGAACUACUCGUAUUCUAGUAGUUGACGAAGAUCUUAGCGGGAAAAGGAGACCCAUGGUGGUCCCGGAGCGAUGAAAUAUUAUAGAUUGAAACUAUAUUUUUAGAUGAAUGCGAGUUGUUCGUAUAUCUACUUCUGGCCGACGGAUGCUCUAGUACAACUGUCUGAAGCAUAGUCGUGAAUGCUCACCUCCUCGAGGCGAGCCAGCUCCUAUCCUAUAUCCUAUCCUAUCCUAUCCUAUCCUAUCCAUCUAGUUCUUCUAAUCUGAGGCCAUUCGAUAUUGACACCGAUGAGGACGAUCCGAAGGAGGAUCAUUUGGUGAGCUUCUCGCAUAUCAGAGGGACAUUGCUUGGCAACCUGGUGCUGCGCAUGGCUUUCGUGUCGGCAACUACGCCAUUAACGUUGCCUAAAAAAAAGUUAUGGCCGCAUAUUCACCCGAGGAGGCAGGUCAAACUGUGGACGGUGAAUCAAAUCCUAUCCUAUCCUCUUAGAAGUGAGCAACGUUCUAAGAACGGCCAUUGUGAGGCAGUGAGAGUGGUCAGAGUCUACCACAGGAAGGCUUGCCUUCUUGUCUACACAUCGAGAAACAUCAUUGUUAUAGAUUUUUCAAAGCUGCAAGAGAAGAAGCCUCUAUUAGUUUCACACACUGAAAGAGAAGCCUCUAUUAGUUUCACACGCUGAAAGAGAAGCCUCUAUUAGUUUCACACACUGAAAGAGAAGCCUGGACCUGCAAGAAGUUCUUGCUCUCCUCGAAUUUAGUACGAGUAGAACUCGCUCUUCUAAAGAUAAAAGGCACGGACGCGGAGGACGAAGCGAUGGAGGAGAACUCUGAGGAGGUGCAAGAGAGGCUGGAGGAAGAGGUAGAGUUAGGGUUCCCACUGCAGCUGCCAUGAACUUAGAACUACUAGAACUACGUUUAUUGCGCAGUUGACUUAGAACUUCAACUUGUUGGACAUGACUUCGUUCCUGUAGUUGUACAGUUAAGUAAGCCUAAGCUCUCUCGAGCAAGUUGACUCUCCCAGAACGCCUGAGCUCCUCUCCCACAACUCCUGGGCUCCCCUUCCACGCAAGAGGAACUGGAGGAAGCCGUAGAGUUAGGUCAUUCCGCAUCUAUCACUACACAACUAAACCAUUAUCAGUACAUCUAGAAGAUCAACAUCUAGAUCUAGAAGUAGUGCCUUGUUCUAGUACAUCUAGAAGAUCAACAUCUAGAAGUAGUGCCUUGUUCUAGUACAUCUACAUCUAGAAGAUCAACAUGUACUUCUACAGAAUGGCAUUAGAUCCUUGAUGACGUGACAGCGAAGCCGAGGCAUCCUAUCGCCAUCGACCCUGUCUUAUCCUAUCCUAUCUCAUCCCAGAGUAGCUUAUAGAACGCAUGGCGCACGGAGUAGCAUGGAGUGCAUGGAGCGCAGAUCCUUAAGGGACGCAAGACGCGCCCCCUUUAGCUCCAUGCAACUCCAUGCGAGCCAUGCACUCCAUGCCAGGCGAGUGCUCGCGCAAGAUUUGCCGCAUCUUCUAAGAUAAGACACACAGGACAGAGACGACAAGGAUAUCGGAGAGCCUUUAGGCUCGAGCGUCAGUCACAGAAUUGCAGCCUUUAAGGACGCCCCACUAUAGAAGUAUAGUUUCAAAUUAUACUCGAAGAGUGAAAUAAAUAUGUGAGUUGUACUAGCUACUUAUUGAAAUCUGUAAGAGUCACUGGCACGCUGCAGCUGCUCUUCUUUCGUUUGUAUCUCCCUCCUUUCUUAAGGGGUUACUUGCUUAUUUCAGUUUAAUAUUUUCGAAUUGGUGACAAGACUUCAAGAGCCACACAUGCUAGGCAUCAGUGUGGAUAGUUAGAGUGUGGAGGAACAGCUUGUAGCCCCAUACAAAGACUUGCAAUGCUUUAAAAGAGGCACCAUGACAUGACAUUCAACUACAACGUACUUAGCUCAACAGUGUUAAGUGGAGGAGAACGAACCUGUAGAAUCAGUGAAGUAGUUACUUAUAGUGGAGUCGUUACUUAUAGUUAGUGAAGUCGUUACUUAUAGGAAAUGGAAAACGAACCUGUAGAAUCGUGCUGUCGUCGUUACUUUUCGUGGAGGAGUGGACACUCCAACAAAUCGAUAGAAGAAGAUCAUCUUAGAAUAUGGAUCAACCUCCUCCUCGUCCGCAAAGAUUAUGUUGCUACUUCACGAUCGAGAAGAGUGACCUAACUGACUCUAAAUUUUACAAAAAACACCAGAGGGAGAUGAUCACUGCCAGCGCAGUGGCUGCAGCUGGCGAGGACUCAGUGAAAUGGGAACGCUACAACAGCAGGAAGCACUUGAUCCAAUUACGGCCUGUUGGAUUUGGAAUUGGAUCCCCGUUUUUUUUGUUUUUCCACUGGUGGCAGGGAGGUUCAUGGCAGAUUUUAUUUUCUGAGGGGUACUAAUCGUAACCUCUACUUUGAAUGGUUCCGGUAUUUGGUAACCUGAAUUUGAUCAUAAGGGAAAACAAGAAGAGAACCCUUAGGAUCAAAGUCAGGCUAUCUUCAAAUACCAGCGCCAUUCGUGCUUUCUCAUGAGUAGUAGGUAGCAAGAAGUACUUAGGUUGUACCUUAGAAAAUACAAUCGGUGUAGUCGCGCAAAUGAUAGACGCCUCAGAUGCCUCUUGUUCUUGUCUACCCCUCUAACUUGAACCGAGAACUGGUUGUACACACAGAUGAGCAAGCAUAUUAAGGCAAGAAAUACUAGAAUAAAUCAAUGGAAAAUUAUACUUAUAGGAAGAUAUCAGUCUAUCAUUUUACAUCUGGGUCACAACGUAUUACCUUAUACUUAUAGGAUAUGAACUCUCUUGUUGGUUUUGUGUUUUUCCUAGUUAGGCUGGCUCCACAAUUUUUAUACUAUAUGAACUCUCUAUCAUAUUACAGAGAGAGCUCUUCAUAUACAACUCGAAUCUAGACGAGUAUCUCACUGUCUCGUCAGUGGUGGAGAAUGGCAACCAGAUGAGACGUAUGACGAUUAGGAUAGUUAGCAAGUUUCUCCUUGUCCUUUUUUUGGUUUUUCCUAAUAAGCUGGCUCCACCACACACUACUCUAAAUACUUACUUCUUCUCAGAGUCACUCUGUAAGGAGCAUAGACCAUUGUAUAACUGCGCGCUAUAGAAAAUAUUGGUGCUUCUCUGAUGUGUACUUAAUCAUGGCGUUAAGUUUGGCGGGGAGGCCGACACAGAGGAAGAAGAGAAGCUAAUAGAGGUGAUGACCAGUGGAGAAGAUAUGUUAAGGCGAGCAAUUCAUGGCCAUCAUCUUCUAUUGCUUUUUUGACAAAAAUGAGCAGUAGCGGCUGCGCAUGCAGCAAUUGCUUUCGUCCAUCAGUAUGAAACAAAAACCCCAGCUCAUUCUAAAAUCAUCGAAAGUUUUUUUAUUGAGUCCACCCAUUAUAGUCGCUACACACUCACUAGCUGGCUUACCUAGCUACUUUGGAGGGCGGCAAAGGUCAAGGUGCAGAGGGCUUAAGUAGGGGCACAGGUGGGGGAAGUGGAUGUCGUGGAAUGUCUGGGAUCUGCAUGUGGAGGGCUGGAUCACUUUCCCGCAUAGUCUCGCGCGACGCUCGAAGAAGGUUCCAAAAGUGUCGGCUUCUACUUGCGAAGUGUGUGGGGUUCGGGGAUCAAAAUGCGGCAAGGUCUGACGGCUGCCCGCACUAGAAAUAAGCGCCGGACUCCCCUCCAGCGCUUCCAAAGUCGUGGGCCUUGCCUCACGUUUCCCACCUGGAUCGACUAGCCAGCGACCAAGACUCUGCCGGCGUCUAGACCUCGCCUAUACGAAACGCGCAACGGAUCGCGGGCAAGGUUGCCACCACCGGGCUCGCGCCGGUUUGUUUGUUCAGGUGGUUCUGGAACCGGUGGCGCAACCUGAACCGAAAGACGGACAAGAGGGCGGCCGCGAGCGGUAAGGCAGACCAUCUAGACGCUUGCUGAGCAGUUUCGUCAGUUUUCUGCUUGUGUUCUGGCCACAACCAAAGAGGACAGAGGGCCUAUCCGCUGAAGAGUCACAUCGCCGGAAGCUGCUGGGGAAGUGGUGAGGCGGGGCGGCUUGGGUGGGUAUGCUGGUUGGUUGGUCUGGGGAGAGGGCCGACCCACUCGUGAGGCGGGAGAAGGAGAGACGCGGGCUUAGGCCCCUGUAGUUAGCUAGAUAGCCGCUUUCUUUCAGUCGCUAGUCGUCUACUAGUAAUUUCGAAGAUUUUCCCUAAUACGAGAAUCAAUGAGAGCGGUUUUUUGUUACAUAACCAGUGUUGCUCUUCUAGGAAGGCUCUUCUUAUUUUUAGAAAAGUUGCAUCUACUUGUACUUUUCAAGUUCAUCAAGAACUUCUCCCUUACUUGUACUACUUCUAGCAGUCGAAAGUACAAGUAGUGGAUCAUGAUGGAUGGAACGACACUCAUUUACUUCCUUCUUUUUAGUUUCCAUUGAUUUCUAGUGAGUCGGCUACCUCAUCACAGAGAGAAGUUGUAGCGAGUAAACAAAUUGAUAAGGCCGACUAAGUAAGUAACUAAACUAUAACAAAGACAAACUGACUAAUUAACCGACUAGAAUUUAUUAGCUCGUCAUAGAUUUAAGGAACAAUGUAGUAGUUGACCUAACCGAUAAGUAAAACUAAUCGCCUGCCGUCUAGUAAGAGGUACAACAAUCUAAAAACUCUAACUCAUCCUAUAUUAUUUAAUGAUUGAUAAUUACUGCGUAAGAUGAAAUUGAAAGUAUCUCAUCAUCAUCAUCAUCAUCAUCAUCAUCAUCAUCAUCGUCAUGAUUCAUCAUGAUAAAGCUCAGCCAGCAGCCACGUGGAGGAAGAUAUAACUACUAUAGCACGACUAUUUAAGGUACUAUGUGGGUCAUCUGAAGUUUCCGUCUAAUGUCCUUCUUGGACGAGUGGUACUCUGAUCUCCAGCUACCCCGUCUCGCCUACGAAGUGGACGAGAAAAAACUGAGCAUUCCGAAAAUGUCUCUGCCACCGCGGGUAGAAUGUUAUGUCAUGACUCGUCGCCGAACCGAGAGAAGUUGUUCUUUUAAAAAUAGGAGACCGAAACUCUUUUAACGAAACCUUCAAGUACAGGAUUAAUAGUUGUAGAGCUAGCAUCUAUUUACUAUUAAAUAAAUAAGUUAAAACUAAAUUAGAGUCUCUUGCUUUGCGUUUUAAACGCCCGCUUCCCUUCGAUGACGAGCACGAGUGUGAGGGAAAAGUUUUCUCGUUUCGGCAACGAGAGACGUAAGCACGUGUCUCUUAAACCACUGGGUGAAGGGGUCUACUACUUGUUAUCAUGCAUACCAGAUGAUAACUCCUUAUUAACAAGGGCUUACUUCAAAAAACCCCCUGACGGAACCCUCUUUCUUUUUUUAUUCCUUACAACACUUACUUCAAGUAAAGGGUUAGUGGUAGUACUAGCUGUAGAAAGGUUAUAACUUCACGCGAAAUAUCGUGCUCGACCUACAGCACUUACUUCAACAAGUUAGUACAGGGUAGUUAGCACAGCAGCUGUAUAGAUCGCUUCUUUCUGAAACCUGCACCAUCCCCCAAGCACAACCUUGUAGACGUGCUGCGGGUCGUUUCACUUCAUCAAUUAUCUGCGGGCAUCCUCUAAGCAUGGGUUGUGAUUGGCCUUCCUCUCGCCUCUCCCUCGCUGAUGAUGGCCGCGACAGCUCCAGUGUUAAGGCUUUUAACCGAAGUUCACCACUUAACUAUCUACACUGGUGUAGUUAUUGUUCAUAUUAUUUCUGGUGAUAACAGGUAUAUACUUUUAUUCCAACAGUACGUAAUAUCUGAAGCCAAGAGUUAUCAGUGCUCAUCUUGUAAGAUAUUGACAGUUCUUAUCAGUCCUCUUGUGGAUAUAAGUAUUUCUGCACUCGAUCCUAAACAUAAGCCCUAGACUGCUUGCAGUUAACCUUUUCGAUAGUAUGGCUGUUUACUCAACAGCGAUCCACUCGAUCUAUAUAUGUUCCAGGGCUCAGGGCUGAAGGCCCCCCCGAUCUAACUUUUUGAGGGGGGGCCUUCAGCCCCGGGCCCUUUUUUCGAGGGGCUGCCAGGCGGCAAGGCCUCGAAGCGCCCACCUCUGACCCCUUCCCGCUUCUUGCUUGGACUCUAAAGCGCCACCCUGCCGGAGGCCGUUGAAGCACUAAAGGGCGGACGCGGAAGGCUUCUGAAUGUGGCAAAGGUGGCAAGGCGUGAGGUGACCCCCUUACGCAGGCCGGCCGGGUACAUGUACCCGACAGACCUGGCGGAGGCGGCAAGGCUGGAGCCCCUUGGCGUGUUGCAAUUACCCCACAGACCUGGCAAAGGUGCAAAAGGUGGCAAGGCUGGACCCCUUUGGCGUGUUGCGUGUACCCUGCAGGUCUGGGCUGGGGGCGCCUCCCGUCUUUCGGCGGGCUCUCUCUGCCGCUCUCUUUCCCCAUCGAUCUCUGGCCCGGUUUUAGGGCGUGGACCCCGAGCUCUUGGCGGUGUGUUGCGUCUCUGACAUUUCAGUGUCGCGGGGGGGGGCCUCGGGCUUGUUGUGUUCGGUUCUCAGCAUAGUGGGCGAAGCACUGCGAUCAUCUUCCCCCACUGUGAUCCGCCAGAGAGAGAGAGAGAGAGAGGCCACCGCGCCACGGGUGAGCGCUCCUCGUCGCUCGCUCUGCUCUCGUCCCUCGUUCUGCUCUCGUCCCCCGUUCUGCUCUCGUCUUCCGCUCUGCUCUCGUCCCUCGUUCUGCUCUCGUCUUUCGUUCUGCUCUCGUCCCUCGUUCUGCUCUCGUCCUUCGUCUGCUCUCGUCCUUCGUCUGCUCUCGUUCGGUUCUCCGUUGUUCUCUCGUUCUUCGUUCUGCUCUCCUCGUUCUCCUCUCGUCCCUCGUUCUUCUCUCGUCGCUGGCUCGUUCUGCUCUCGUCGUUCUUCCACCACGGUGCUGCACCCACCACAGAUCCAUCCACAGGGGGGCCUCCUCCCCUGGUGCAUAUGUUUAUCUGAAGAAGGUCCUGGGUACAGUGAUAGUGCUUCCCCACGUCCACGCGGCCUCUCGAUAUGAUAUUAGAAAGGCAACACGUACAGUUUUUCUUCACUUGGCAGGGCUGUCUUCAAUUUUUAUCUUGCAGCAAUAGCCUUGCCAUCAAUUAUCUUCACCAAUUAUCUUGCAGCAGGAGAAGAAGUCGCCGCUGCUCUGUGUCAGCUUUGUCUCAGACUUCUUGGCAAGGGAGGGUUAGACAUGAAGCAGCGCCUCACUAUCAAUCUCGUCCGUCUAUUUUGAGCACUUAGUGUUAGGUACUUGUUGCUUUUUUUAUUGGUUUUUCGUAUACAUAGUCAUUACUUUUUAGCCUUAAGACUUAGUAUCUCUACGGGAACGACGGAAACGGAUGCGGCUUUGUUUAGGAAUAUACAUACUGACUAGUCUCCGCUACAGUUAUAGUACGCGCGCGCCUAUGUGAGACUCAUCCUCAUGCCAUGUUGCCGCGGAUGCAGCCGGUAUAAGUCUUUCUGAUAGGUGUUGUGCGGUUAGGAGGUCACACAAUCAAGCACUGUCUCCGCUGAUUCUUUUUUAGAGGUAUUUUAUUAGUUCUUUAACCCUCUCUGAAAGCUUAUUUUAGAAGGACUAGCUCUUUAUCGAAUAUAAUUAACAGUAUUAACCUUACCUCCGCCUGAUUCGUUCCUGUUAGGUUCUAACGAAGGACAUAGCGGAGGACAUCAAAGGCGAGGAGGCGAUCAAAAUAGAGCGCAAAAAGAAGAGGAUGCCGCUGCUUUACACAGCAGUGUCGAACGUGCUAGUGCAAGAGGUUGGAGCUCAGGUUAAGACAAGGGGUUGGACCUAACAGUGUAUGCGUAGUGUAAUCGAAGGCUGGACGUAAGCGAGUUACUGACUGGCAGAGGGGACGUAGCUUUUAAAGGUGACUCCCCCUUCAGUAUCUCGGUUGCUCUCAUCAGUUUCUCGCUUAUUUCAGCUUAUCGAGUAGCUUUGUUGUACUUCUUGGAAGAUCAAGAUUGUGGCCGAGACUCGUUACUUGGUUUUUUGAGACCUACUCCAACUUCCAUCUGGGGCUUCCACAUGUUGUAUAUACUGGCCAGAAGUAUAGAAUUAGAAGCCGCGGCAGUCGCAGCUGCGGGGAGGUCGGUGCCUUGCGGAGGCAACCUGGUUGAUUGGCUGACGUGCUGCUCUUUCAUCUACUUCACUUGAGAGGCGUCUAGUGAUAGCGCCGCGAUUUAGAGACCCCUAGACCCUGCAUGCUUGCGGGAUGCGGAUACUCGUCCCUAGGCGGGGCGCGCGUGUUGUAAAAAAAGCACGCUGGUGAUUUUUCAUGCGCCUCCGCGAUGGGGGCAGCGGCGUGCCUCCUUGGGAGGGCAGCGGUCUAGAACUGGCGGCAAGUAGAUGCGCCCAGGGGGUGUCUCUCUCUCGUGUGUAUCAUGCAGGUGCAGCAUGUGGCCCCUGCAUUAAAUUCGCAGUCUGUUUCCCCUCACGUAAUCGGUAAAAAGUCCGCAGGCCGUAGUCCUCUACUGUAGUGUGAAAGGCUUGCAAGACCCUGCCGCCUUGCCCCAGCGUGUACACACCGGGGGCACGUGGGGGGGGGCGGUACAUACAUACACACUUGCGUAUGUGCCGACAAACAUACACGCAUGGACCGGAAAAACUGGGCCCCCUGUAUUAUAAGCGUCCCGGUGUUUUUCCCCCUUUGAGCGGACCGGAGCCGCAAGAGUCCCGGGCCUUUGUUUUCCGGCGGGGUCGGUCCCUUUUUAUUCUGGUUUGGCCAAUGGAAAUACUGCGGCCAACAUGGUCCCGAGAGAGGCUGGGGCUGCCGUAUCAGAAGGAGCCCGGAAAAUAGGGGGCCUGGCCUUGGCGCUUCUUGUAGGCUGCUCCCCGCACUCCACUGCCAGCGCAGCGCCCCGCGCUAUGCGCGCCCGGACCUGGUGGGGAGCCGCGCUCGCUUGGCCGCGCAGUGUCUUGGCAGGAUUGCCACCAAGCCGCGGCCGGUCCUUGAGGCUUGGCGCAUCUUGUUGCGCCUUUCGUUUCCCUUUGCUCUCCUGCUGUCGCCGCAGUGCCUGGGCCCGCCAGAUGGAGGCGCGCGGGCGGCUGCCAGGCAGUAGGAGCUUCGCGGCGUGCUUCUCCUUUUUGCGAUCCCCCCGCCCCCCGCCGGUUUUGCGCUUUUUUUUCGCUCCGCGGGCUGCUUUGUUUUGAAGUGCGUCAGCCUUUUGCGGCGGCCUUCGAAAGCCUUCGGGCGUCGUGUGGUGGAAGCUUGUUCCCCGAGGAUGUUGUGCGGCGGCUUCGUGUGUCGCGUGUGUGGCACCCCGAAGCUCUGGGCGCACGCGCUGUCGUUAGCGUCGUCUGUCCCCGUCGGUUCUCAUCUGGUCCCGCUUGGGGAUGCCGGGAUUGGUUUUGGGUGUGUCGUCGUGUGGGAUUGUCAUUGCCCCGUCACCGAUGGCGCCCUCGGGUGGCUUGGCGUGGUUCUUGGUGCUUCUCUCUUUCUCUCGUGGGUUGCUGCCUGUUCGUUGCUGUGUUCGCUUCUGCGGCUGUCUUCUGGGCUUUCUUGUCUCCUCUUGCGUGGCUUCAGGUUCUACCUUUUCUGGCAAUUCUUCGGCUUUUUUGGUUCUUAUUUAUUUUUGUAGGCUUAUGCCUUUUGGCCUCCCUUUGUUUGUACCUUUUUCGUCGGAGUCCCUACGUUUUUUGUCGGGUUCUUUAUAUUCCUACCCCUUCUGGUGCCGUACCCUCCCAGUUCCGGCCCAACAUAUAUACACACAUACACACGCGCAUACCUACAUAAGUACCUACAUACAUACACACACACGGCACAUAGACACACGCACACAUGUUUCUUCUUCUAAGACCAGGAUCAUCCGUUACUUCGAUCACCCAAAACAUGGAUACAAAGAGGCCCUGGAAAAGCCUUGGUUUGGUAUGGAUCCCUUCUACGACGUGUACGGAGAUUUUAUAAACGACAAGGGCUUCCGCGCUCACGACCAGAAAGCUAGAUGGAAAAUUGCGAAGUGGUUAAGGCUCCUUUAGACUUAGAAAAACGCGCUGACGGUCGAGGUCGCGACCUGUGGACGGGAUUUACAGUAACUGGAGAUGAACACGACUUGGACUCACUUAAUUCUUAAUAUACAGAUUUACAAUUUUUUCCUACUUAAAAAUUUUAACAUGAUCACGACAGGAACUACAACUGCUCGCUCCUCUUGCUCUUUUUGUAUUCGUAAAUACGGAGUAUGACAUUAGAAGAUACUCUAAGAAUCUUUCUACAUCGGAUAUAACAAUAGAAGAUAGAAGAUACUCUAAGCAACGCAGGCGAGGGCGGUGAUAAAGAGAACAAAAUGAAGCUUCUUGGGAGAACUCCUGGAUUUCGCGAAAUGGGCAUUCUUAUGACAGGACGUCAGUUGAGAUUUCUUCAGUUUUUCAUCUCAAAAUAUAAAAGUAAAACCAAGUUAGCAGCGACCAAAAUAUUAUAAUCAUAGCUAGUACUAGUCGACAACUCUUUUCAAUUUCACCGCUUCCGUCGAUCCAUCUAUCUAUCCAUCGCCCAUUCCUUUCUUUAGCAGUAGUUUUCACCCCGUAUUUCUCUAGUUGUACUUCAUGAUCUAUCUCCCUGUUUACCCCCCCUUGUUCUACCCUUAGUACCCCUAAUGAAAUAAUAGCGCCACUUGCCCGUUCAUAAAAUAACUUCAGAACCUAACCUAACCUAUCUUGUGCAGGAUAUGAUAAUGUCGGUUAACUUAAGAACCUCUUAUUUUCCUAUUUUGUUUUCCAUGUUGACCGACUUAAUAACCUAACCUAACGCAAGGUUACCACCUAGUGCCCUUUUUCUAAGCUUCCCUUCUUGUCGACAAAUUGCUUACUUGGUGUUACGCCAGAAAACGCUGCAGAAGGUACACACAACCAGGACUCGUCUCUCCCCGAGGAGGUGAUACAAGGGCUCAGUGUCACACAGUAUCCAAAGGGUAAAGACCCUCCGAUAGCAAAUUAAGGCUUGUAGUUAUUCCCCUAAUUAUCGAUCCCAAGGGAUGCUUCUGAUAAAGUUAAUCCAUCUGCUCUUCUAUGAAAGAAGUCCUACUAUGGAAGACUCAAACGCCGCCCCAUGCAUGCCACUGAUUUGCUCUAUGAAGAAAGAAGCUACACUGAGAGUCUAGAGUGAAACUCAAGAGGCAUGCAUUCGGGAAAGCGACUGCACUGCGUCUUCAUGGUCAUCUUGUGUAUUCAUUAAUCUUGUGUUGAGGGCUCGUGAUUCAUGUGCAUGCCCACGUGUAGUAUCUAUAAAUAUGUAUAAUUCAAUCGCUUAUAAUAAUUAUGCACAACUUGGCCUGCUCAAAAGUACACGUUGAUAGGAGCUACACAGGAGAAGAGGCGCCACGACAUGACAAAGUAGACACUAAAAAUACCCAAGAACUACAGGGAAGACGUAGUUGGAGAUGAAUUGAAAAGCAGAAGGCCUCUAAACAAUGACAGCGGUGUGGCAUUUCACCCAGGACUGUGCGAGGCUCAUGUUGGGUC